AUGGAUUUCGAGCUGCGGAGGGCGCAGCAGCGAUACGAGAAGGAGCAGCGUGAGAAGCGGGAGGCGGCGCGGGUGAAGGCGGAGAGACAGAGAAAGGCGAAGGAAGAGAUCGAGGCGCGUCGGAGGGCUAUCGAAGAGGCGCAGAGGCUUAAACGACUGGAGGAGGUUGCAGCUGCUGAAGCAGCUCGUCGUCAAGCCGAGGCGGAUCUGCAAGCAGGAGGCGGCAUCCGCUUCAAUCGCGAGCUGAUCCCCGUCGCUAUAACGGGCGACCGCGAUAAGAUCACACUCCCUCAAUCGGUGUUGUCCGAUCUCCCGCUAGACGAGGCCCUCGAUAGAGGACCCAUGCUCUUCGAGCUCUCCGUUCCGCGCGCCGUUGGCGCAAGCGCGGCAGGCGCAAGCGCAACCGGCGGGAUGGAGGCGGAUGGGGAGGAAGAGGAUGACGCAGACGAGUGUGGUUAUGCGGUGGAUGUUGAUCUUAACGGGGGUGAUUAUAACGGGAGGAGAGUGAAGCGGGGGGUGACGCACGGAGGCGUUUUGGAGUUUACUGCACCAGAGGGCUGCGUAGGACUGCCCCCUCUUAUACUCCGAAAUUUGGGGUUAUCUGGGAUUAUAGACGUCUUUAAUCCGUCCGGUACUCCCCCGCCUGUACGCGUCCGCUUUGUCAAGCUCCCUAAAGCCACGUUCGCGCGGCUCCAGCCGCUGCGCCACGGGUUCCUUGCUGACGUGGCGAACCACCGCGCUGUUCUGGAGGCGGCGUUGCGGGGCCAGGCGGCACUGACACGUGGCGACUUGCUAUUGGUCGGAUCGGAGGUGGGGGAGGUGGCGGUGCGCGUGUGUGAGGUGAAAGGCGUGGGCGGCGCGAGAGGCGCUGCUACAGUAAUUGAUGCUGACGUGGAAAUUGAGCUGUCUCCAUGGGAGGGGGAUGCUGGUAUUGGGAGAAAGCUGAGAGAAACAGAUGAGCAGCAAGGCGAGACAAGAGAGAAAGGAGAGGAAACAGGGGGAGGAGGUGGAGGAGUUGGCGCAGGGGUUGUAAAGAGGGAGGUGAUCCACGUGGGGAGUGCUGAUAGGCACUUACUGGUGCUGCCUAUAGGGGGGAAGGGACUGGCAGGGAAGAUUCAGGAGGGCGAGUGGCGGUAUUUCAAGGUUUAUGUGGAUGGAAGGUUUGGCAGGAGGUUGUAUCAGGGGGAGGUAGAACUGGAGUUUCGGUUGCAGCUUGAAGGGGGUUCGGCUGAGCUGGCUGCUGACGUGGCUCGAGGAGGUGCUGACGUGGCGGAGGGUGAUGCUGACCUGUACCUGUCCAGGCACCCAAUUGUGUACCCCUCGUUUCUGGACCAUGAAGUGUCGUCCAUUCUCCCUAUUGGCUCCAAGACGCUCGUUCUCUCCGCAUCAGCACUGGCAAAAACAGCAGUACCAGCAGCAACAGCAUCAGUGGCAGCAGCAGCAGAAGCAGCAGGAGUGGAAGCAUCAGGAACACUAGUAUCAGGAGGAGCAGCGGCAGCAGCAGCGGCAGAAGCAGCAGCAGCAGCAGCAGUUGAAGGGCUGAAGGAGCCUGCAACGUACACUAUAGCAGUACACGGUGUAGCAGGCACAUGCAGGUUUAAUAUCUCAGCGCUUUCCAAGGAGUUAAUCUCCUCUGAUAUAGACCCAUCUGCGUCUGCUGCUGCUGCUGCUGCUGCUGAUGCUGCUGGUGUUGGUGGUGGUGGUAGUAGUGGUGGUGAUGCUGCUGCUGCUGUUACUCCACCUGCCGACCAAUCCCGUUGCGCCAACUGUCGCCAGCUCAUUGCCACCCGCACGCUGCCCCUGCACGAGGCCUACUGUUCCCGGCACAACGUUGUUUGUCCGCAUCCCGGGUGCUCUGUGGUGUUGAGGCGGGCGGAUUUGGAAGCGGGCGGCGAGCAUCACCAGCACUGCGGGGAGUGUGGCGAGGUGUUUGGAGGGAGGAAGGAGCGGGAGAAGCACGAGCGGGUUCGGCACGGGGAGAUGGUGUGCGAAUGUGGACUCGUGGGAAAGGCUACAGAUGUGCACCACCACCGGCGCACCGCCUGUCCCCAUCGCCCCAUCCUCUGUCGCUUCUGUGCUGCCGUUGUGCCUGUCCAUACAACCCUCAUGCCUUUCCUCCAUUCCCCCCUCGUUCCCCCUCCCUCCCCACCCCACCAGCACCACCACCGGCGCACCACCUGUCCCCAUCGCCCCAUCCUCUGUCGCUUCUGUGCUGCCCUCGUGCCGGCCCUCGGCCCGCCCCUCUCCGCUAGAGACAGCCUCAACGGCCUCUCGCCCCACGAAGCACACUCACCACCACCAGCGCACCACCUGUCCCCGUCGCCCCAUCCUCUGUUGCCUCUGUACUGCCCUCGUGCCGGCCCUCAUGUCUUUCCUCCCUUUCCCCCUCUCGCCCCCCAACCCCACCAGCACCACCACUGGCGCACCACCUGUCCCCAUCGUCCCAUCCUGUGUCGUUUCUGUGCUGCCCUCGUGCCGGCCCUCGGCCCGCCCCUCUCCGCUAGAGACCGCUUCAACGGCCUCUCCCCCCACGAGGCACACUAUAUGGACGAAGAGCACUGGGCACGAGCCUAUGCCGGAGAUUUUGAGGCGGAGCAGGGUUUGGAAGGAAGAGGAGGAUUUGGGAUGGUGGGGGACGUAGGGAAUGUUGCUAUGAUGGGUGGGAAUUUGGAGGGAGGGUUGGAGAGAAGGGAUGAGGCGGGUGGGGUGAGUGGGGUAAGUGUUAUGUCGUUCGGAUUCACCUAUUUCCCCGAUCUCCGCCCUCCUGCGGUCGAGGAACUCCCCGCGUCGCUCGCGGCGCUGAGCGAAGAAGCCCUUUUGGCUGCGCGCGAAGCGGCGUACGAGCAGCAGCUUCUAGCGGUGCGUGCUUCUAACGAGGGGACCGCGCCGAUUGGUCAGGCGGGGGGGAGGGACGGGGAGGGGGAGGGGGAGGAGGUCGAAGGGGAGGCGGAGGAGGAGGAAGAGGAGCAGGAAGAGGAGGAGGGGGAUAGGGAUGAGAUGGACGGUGGGGAUGAUGCGAUGAGUGACGAAUUCGGCCAGGAAGGGGGCGGGGGGUUGUAG